AUGGCCAACUCAGAACGUGGAACUAGCAUGGGCGCUGGCCUCCCUGGAAUGGUGCCAACGCCUCUCUUCGAUGGUGGCGUGGGACAGACUCACGACAUGGAGGCAGAGCACGGUGAAUCGUCCCCCGAGGAGGGUGUUGGGGAUGCCGGAGGAGACGACCCAGAACUCAUAGAGCUGACGAGGCUGCUCAAUAGCGUUCGCCAGCGACGUGGCCGUGACAUUUCGGGUAUCCUUGCUUCCACUGGUUGUCGUGGCACUCCACUGCUAGGUGCUGAUGAGUUAGAGGCGUUGGCGAGUAUUGACAGUUCUGUCCGCAGGCACGAAGAAUGUGGAAAGGGCCCCAUCACUGGGUUAAAUAGGGGUGACACGGAGGCAGCCGCGAGUAACAUACCUCGAGCUGCCCCUAUCGCUACUAACGAGAACCCUCAUGCUUUCACUAAUGACCAUCCUGAUCCAUCACCACAGCCUACCUCACAGCCCGCAACCCCACCCCAAGCUGUCGGCCACGCUACGGCUGUUGCACAUUGCGGGCGAGUGAACAGAGGGCUUUACACCAACAGACUCAAGAAGGAGCGUGACCACCUCAACAACACCAACGGAGGUGCACCCGGCCCUGUUCCUGCGGCACAACCUACACGGGUAGGAGUGCAUGACCAGCGGAAGGACACGUACCGGACAAGAGGAGCAGCGUACCGCGGGCAUGGCGCAGGGGCUGCCGAGGGCUUCCAAGCUCGUGGUGUGAAGCGGGAAAGGAACGUCCCGCAUAUGACUCUCAUCAUUGACUAUGAUCCGGAGAGGAGCGGGGAGGGCUUGAUACGUGGCAUGCCGUCUGCAGAUGAGAUCAUGUUCGACUAUGCCAUGACCAACAUGAGGAGCAAGUCAAUGACCCUCUCACAAAGCCCCCUGACCAACGAGCGCGAGAUGGUGGAGGUGCUGGCAGAGGUCGUAGCAGCCAUCAAGAUGUGGCUGGCCGUGGCGAAGGGGCGCCUGUACGUCCCUGAGAUGGGGGCUUUCAAGAGGGGUGAAGCUGGGCUGUUUAUCAACGAGAGUGGGUUCAAUGAGUAUCUGCCGGAGGAGUAUCAGGUGCGACCAGCGUCGCACGUGGGUGACGAGGGUCCGUGGAUGGAGUGA